AUGGACGCCUUCGAGUACAACCCCAACCCCGGCCGUGUCGUCUUCGGCAGCGGCACGCUCCAAAAACUGCCCGAUGAGAUCGCCCGGCUGCAACUAAAAGCGCCGCUGGUGCUGUCCACACCACAGCAGAUCAGCCAGGCCGAGAGCGUCAAGGCCGUGCUCAAGGGCCAGGUCGCGGGAAUUUUCAGCGAGGCGACCAUGCACACCCCGACCCAUAUCACGGACAAGGCCCUCGAGUAUGCCAAGGCGCAGGGCGCCGACUCGGUCGUCUCCAUUGGCGGCGGUAGCACCAUUGGUUUGGGCAAAGCGAUCAGUAUCCGCACGGGCUUGCCGCAUAUUUGUAUUCCCACGACCUAUGCCGGCAGCGAGAUGACCCCGAUUCUGGGGGAGACAGCCGACGGCCUGAAGAAGACUCGCUCCGACCCAAAGAUCCUGCCGGGGACGGUCAUCUACGAUGUCGACUUGACAAUGACUCUGCCGGCGGCGAUGAGUGCUACUAGCGGUGUCAACGCGAUCGCGCACGCGGUUGAGGCUCUCUACGCCCGUAACACCAAUCCGAUCAUCAACAUGAUGGCCAUUGAGGGCACGCGGGCGCUAGCCUCCGCUCUCCCCGAGAUUGUCGAAAACCCAUCCUCCCAGUCCGCACGUUCCAAGGCCCUAUACGGCGCCUGGCUAUGCGGAACCUGCCUAGGCAGCGUGGGCAUGUCCAUCCAUCACAAACUGUGCCACACGCUCGGCGGCAGCUUCAACCUUCCCCACGCGGAGACACACACCGCCGUCCUGCCGCAUGCUAUCUCCUACAAUGCCCCUAACGUCGCGGAAGCCAUGAAGCAACUGGCUGAUGCGCUUCCCGAUAGCAAUGGCGAUGCCAUCCACGGGCUGAAUGUCCUUCUGACCAAGCUCAAGGUCAAGCGCGGAUUGAAGGACUUUGGGAUGAAGGAGGAGGAUGUUGAUAAGGCGGCUGAUAUUGCUGUUUCGAAUCCGUACUGGAAUCCUCGUGCCAUUGAGCGGGCGCCCAUUCGUGAGUUGAUCCGGCGGGUCUGGGCCGGUGAGCCGGCGCGGGCGGAUCUGUAA